GGGCGGGCUUCCGGCAGCGCUCUUACAGGCAGUGCCUGCGGUGGCCGCGCCUCGGCUCAGCGCUGGGAGCCUGGAGCCCGGAAUCCGGAAGCAGUCGGUGCGGGAGCUCUGGGAGCGGGGAGCGUCGGGAACCCGAGCAUCAGACGCGAGGAGAGUCCCGAGCGGGGAGCGCCAGGAGCAGCGAGCGUCCGGAGUGGGCCGGCUCCCGGCAGGAUGACUGUGAGGAUCUUUGCAAAUUGUACCUUCUGUUUGAAAGUCAAGCACUUACCUCGUCAACAGAAGAAAAAACUACAAAACGACAUUAAGGAGAAUGGUGGAAAUUUUUCCUUUUUAUUAAAUCCUCAGUGCACACAUAUAAUCUUAGACGAUGCUGAUAUUCUGAGCCAGUAUCAACUGAAGUCUAUCCAAAAGAACCAUAUCCAUAUUAUAAACCCAGAUUUUAUAUGGAACUCUAUCAAAGAAAGGAGGCUCUUGGACAUAAUGAAUUUUGAUGCUAAUAAGGCACUGGACAUCACACUACCUCCUUGUCAAAAGGCAAGCAGUUCUGAAGUGAGAACAGAUGAUCCAUCCCUGAACAACUCCAUGGAGAAGGAAAACAUUGUGAAAUUCACAAAGUUUUAUAAAGAGAAUGUUGAAAUUCCUCAUUUUCCACAAAACUUUGAAGUUGCGAAAUAUAACACCUUGGAAAAAAUUGGGGCAGAGGGAGGUAAGGAGGUGGCAGUGGUAGAACUACAGAGCUACUGGGACCCUGAGGACCCCGCCUUUCUCAUAUCUGCACACUUCCUCUUGGCCAAUGGCCUCAAGACUAGGAAGUUCUCUGUAAAGAAAACCUCUGCAGAUGCAAGUGAAUACUACGAAAAUUACAUUGAAGAGCUGAAGAAACAAGGAUUUCUGCUAAGAGAACAUUUUACACCUGAAGCAACCCAAAUAGCAUCUGAAAAACUGCAAGCGUUGCUUUUGGAGGAGGUAAUAAAUUCAAGCACUCUGAGCAAAGAAGUGAGCGAUUUGGUGGAGAUGGUUUGGGCAGAAGCUCUCGGCCACCUGGAGCACAUGCUUCUCAAGCCCAUGAACAGGAUUAGUCUCAAUGAUGUGAGCAAGGCAGAGGGAGUUCUCCUGCUAGUAAAGGCAGCAUUGAAAAAUGGAGAAACAGAAGAACAAGUGCAAAAAAUGAUGACUGAGUUCUACAGAUUGAUACCUCACAAAGGCACAACCACUGAAAAAGUGAACCUGAGACUAUUAGCUAAGAAAGAGGACCUCUGCCAGCUAAUAAGAGACAUGGUUAAUGUCUGUGAAACUAAUUUGUUCAAACCCAACCCACCAUCUCUUGCCAAAUACCGAGCUUUGAGAUGCAAAAUUGAGAAUGUUGAACAGAACACUGAAGAAUUUUUCAGAGUUAGAAAAGAGGUUUUACAGAAUAAUCGCAGCAAAAGUCCAGUGGACAUCUUGCAGAUAUUUAGAGUUGGCAGAGUGAAUGAAGCCACAGAGUUUUUGAGCCAGCUUGGCAAUGUGACGUCCUUACUUCAUGGAUCUCCUGUACAAAGCUUUGUAGGAAUCCUAUCCCGUGGGUUGCUUUUACCCAAAGUAGUUGAAGACCGUGGCACAAAGAGAACAGACAUUGGAAAUCUUGGGAGUGGAAUAUAUUUCAGUGAUUCACUCAGUACGAGUAUUAAGUACUCCCACCCAGGAGAGACAGAUGGCACGAGGCUCUUGGUCAUCUGUGAUGUAGCCCUCGGGAAGUGCAUGGACUUGAACAGAAAAGACUUCUCCUUGUCGGAAGCACCCCCAGGUUAUGACAGUGUCCAUGGGGUGCAAGCAACAGCCACUGUCACCACAGACUUCGAGGAUGAUGAAUUUGUUGUAUAUAAAACAAAUCAGAUUAAAAUGAAAUAUAUUAUUAAAUUUUGUAUAUCUGGAGAUGAAAUAAAGGACUUUCAUCCUUGUAAUACUACUGAAUUAAAGGAAUACAGACCUGAGUUUUCAAAUUUUUCAAAUAUUGAAGAUUAUCAGUUAGCAGACACCAAACCUUUCAGCAACAUCAAGUCCGGCCUUCAGGAUGUCUCUGGCAAUUCAGUUCCUCUUGAGGAUGUUCACAUCAAGGGGAAAAUAAUAGACUUCGUAGCCCAGGUCAUUGUUUUUCAGACAUAUGCCAAUCGAAGUUCUGUGCCAAUUGAGGCAAGAUAUAUUUUUCCUUUGGAUGAUAAGGCAGCUGUGUGUGGUUUUGAAGCAUUCAUCAAUGGAAAGCACAUAGUAGGAGAGGUUAAAGAGAAGGAAGCAGCCCACCGUGAAUACCGAGAAGCCAUCAGUCAAGGCCAUGGCGCAUACUUGAUGGACCAGGAUGCACCCGAUGUUUUUACUAUUAGUGUUGGAAAUCUACCCCCUAAGGCUAAGGUUCUUAUCAAAAUCACCUACAUCACAGAACUCAGCAUCCAAGGUAGCAGGGCUGUCUUCUUCAUGCCUGCCACCGUGGCACCCUGGCAACAGGACAAAGUUUUGAAUGAAAACAUUCAGGAUACAGUAGAGAAGAUUUAUAUAGAGAAAAUAGGAAUAAAACAAAGCUUCUCUUUGAGUAUGUCCAUUGAGAUGCCAUACGUGAUUGAAUCCAUUUCUAGUGAUACACAUGAACUGAGACAAAAGCGCACAGACUGCAAAGCUGUAAUUAGCACCAUGGAAGGUAGCUCCUUAGACAGUGAUGGAUUCUCUCUUCAUGUUGGUUUGUCUGAUGCAUAUCUCCCAAGAAUGUGGGUUGAAAAACAUCCAGAAAAAGAAAGCGAGGCCUGCAUGCUUGUUUUUCAACCAGAUCUCGGUAUCACACUUCCUGACCUAGCCGAGAACAGUGAAGUGAUUAUUUGUCUCGAUUGCUCCAAUUCCAUGGAGGGUGCAACAUUCUUGCAAGCCAAGCAAAUUGCCUUCUAUGCGCUGUCCUUGAUGGGUAAGAAGCAAAAGAUAAACAUUGUCAAGUUUGGCACAGGUUACAAGGAAUUAUUUUCAUAUCCCAAGUACAUCACAAGCAAUAAUAUGCCAGCAGAGUUCAUUAUGUCGGCUACACCUACCAUGGGAAAUACAGACUUCUGGAAAACGCUCCGAUAUUUAAAUCUACUGUACCCUUCUCAAGGCUUACGGAGCAUUCUCCUUAUAUCUGACGGGCACCUCCAGAAUGAGAGUCUGACUUUGCAGCUUGUGAAGAGAAAUGUCCAGCACACCAGGCUGUUCUCCUGUGGUAUUGGUUCUACAGCAAAUCGUCAUAUCUUAAGGACUUUGUCCCAGUAUGGUGCUGGAGUAUUUGAGUAUUUUAACUCAAAAUCCAAACAUAGUUGGAAAAAACAGAUAGAAGACCAAAUGACUAGGUUACAUUCUCCAAGUUGCCACUCUGUCUCCAUCAAAUGGCAGCAACUAAGUACAGAUGCACCGGAGCCUCUGCAGGCUCCAGCCCAGGUGCAGUCUUUGUUUCACAAUGAGCGACUCCUUGUCUAUGGAUUUAUUCCUCAUUGUACACAGGCAACUCUAUGUGCAUUGAUUCAAGAGAAAGAAUUUUCUACAGUAGUAGCAACUACUGAACUUCAGAAGACAACUGGAACUAUGAUCCACAAGCUGACAGCGCGAGCUCUGAUCCGAGAUUAUGAAGAUGGCAUUCUCCACGAAAAUGAAACGAAUCAUGAGAUGAAGAAGCAAAUCUUAAAAUCUCUGAUUAUUAAACUCAGUAAAGAAAACUCUCUCAUAACACAAUUCACAAGCUUUGUGGCAGUUGAGAAAAGGGAUGGUAAGGAGCCACCUUCUCCUAAUAUUCCAAAUAUUUUGGAACUUAUUGCUGAAGAAGAUGUAGAUUUUCUGCCAUACAUCAGCUGGCAGGAGGAGCAACCAGAUACCAGUGUGGCACAGCCUCCUUCAGCAUUCUUUGAAUGGAAUGAAGAACUGCAACAAGCGCAUUUGACUAACAGAAAGUUUAGAUCAUCUCAACUUCAAGAUUCUGAAGAUUCUGAAGAUGUUGGUUCCCAACUAUCAGAAAAACCUUUAACACUCAAUUUUGAAUGUAGAGAUGUGGAAAAGCCAUUGGGUUUAAGUCGGAUGGAUUCAUUUAAACGACCACUAUGUAGAGAUGCCCCUUUCCCAAAACUGGUUGGUUGCAGCAUUUCUGCUGCUCCUGGUUCAGCCCAUUUGGAAGAUGAGCACUUAGAUGGUUCUAGUUUCUUCCAUCCUCCCCACUUACAUUCUAAAAAGUUUGCUAGGAGUCUCAAACAGUUUGGUCCAUUUAAGAAUGACCAAGACCUUCAAGCUGACUAUUUGGGUGACAUUACCCCUGUGUCAUGUACCCCUUUCGGACUGCCUUCCCCAUGUUUUGGAUCCUUUGCUUUUUCUGCUCUUGCAGGUGCCUCAUUUAACUCCAGAGAGGUUAAUCUACCUGUCACUUAUCAAGGCCAUAAGACCGACAAUUCUGCGAGCAUUUUCCCUGAUUUGGACUCUCCCCUGCAGCUGAAUAGUCUUUUGCCUCCUCAUAGAGUUAAUUCGGCUGGUCCAUCCAGAGGGUUUGACGUUCAUUCACUUUCUCAUUCUCCCUAUUUACAAAACUCUCCAGUUCAUUUCAGCACCAAUUACAAGCCACCAACAGAUCUGUUUGCUAACACUGAAUUGGAGGGUUCUUCCUGUACAGAUCUUUCUGCCGGAAUUUCAUUAUCUGCUUCACGUAGUGGAAGUUUUUCUGAAACAGAAAGUAAUGAAACACCAGGAUUUAUGGCAAGUUAUUUUUUUCAAAAAGUGGCAAAAUCUGAUAUAACAGGAAGUGACUUUACUGCAAGCUUUCAGGCAAAAAGAGAUGAACAGAGCUGGAUGUAUUUUGUGCCUUGGACUGAACUCUUCAGCCUACAAACUGAGGAUGGCUUCUGGAAACUUACGCCAGAACUGGGAUUUAUAUUAAACCUUAAUACAAAUAUUUUAAGCAGCUUUCUUGAACAAAAAGGCAUUCAAUCUCUGGAAAUGUUCCCUGGGCUUUUGAAGAAAUAAAGAAAGCAAGUGAAUGGGUAAGAAGAACUGAAGGACAAUAUCCAUCUAUCUGCCAACGACUUGAAUUGGGUCAAGAUUGGGACUCUGCCACUAAACAGCUAUUGGGGAUCCAAACCAUAAACACCACAUCUCCCCUUCACAGAGUUCUUAAUUACAGUCAAGGCUGAAUCAACUGAAGUUGUAUUUUAACUAUUAUUCAUGCUUCCAUGUAUAAAAUAAUCAGAGAGCAAUAGAUACCUAUAAUGAAGUUUAAUUAUGAUUUUAUUCAGUGUAGCACCCACUUUAAAAUGAGAAACAGAAUUGAUUAUUUUAAUGAACUAACAAGUGAUAACAAAAUAUUACAAUACUGCAGAUUUGUGUUUAAAUGUUUUAAGGUGAUAAGAGACACAUCUGGCUGGUCCUGGAGCCUCAUUUCCUCCUCCCUUUUAAGGACUCUGGUAGAGAAGCGGCCCAGCUGGACUUAUUAGUAAGCUGGGGAGAAACAGGUCUUUGACUGAUGUCAGUGUUCCUGGAAUGCAAGCCUGUUUCCAGGGCCCUGAGUAUCCAGACCUUUGCCCUCAGUAUGCAUGCUCCCUGGUGUGGUUCCUAGUCUAUAGAUCCCUUGAUACAUUUUUUUGUCGCUUAGAGAACCUAGGCAUCCCAAGCAAUUCUUUCAUGGAUCUUGCUUUUGGUGUUGCCUCUAAAAUCCUGAAGUCAUCUAGAUUUCCUCCUGUGUUAUCUUAUAGAAGUUUUAUAAAUUUUGCAUUUUACAUUUUGGUCUAUGAUCCAUUUUGAGUUAUUUUUUAUGAAAGCUGUAAGGUCACUGUUUACCAUCCUCCACACUACCAUUUCUAGGCCAUUACCUCUCUACCUUUAUGUCAAAACCCUGGUUUCUUUGUUUUUGUUUUCAUUUUUUUUAAUUUAAAUUCAAUUAGCCAACAUAUAGUACAUCAUUAGUCUUUGAUAUAGUGUUCAAUGAUUCAUUAGUUGUGUAUAACACCCAGUGCUUAUCACAUCAGGUUUCUUUGAGAUUCAGUCUUUUGGCUAUCCUCUAACCUGUCCUAAUUUGUUGUGAUUUGCCAAAUGCCCAGUACCUACCCUCAUUCACGUAUGAUUCAGGAUUUCCCUUUCUACCACCAAUCCUGUCUUCAUCUUGAGUGACUUCCAUUAUCCUGAUGUGUGACCCCUCCUAAAUCCCUGGACUUGAACCACAGCUAUAACUGAGUCUUGGCAGAAUGUCCUGUGGUGCUCAAAGGAUGGAAAGCUGUGAGGAGCUACCAUGAGGCCUUCUCCCAUCUGCCUCUCUAUCUCCCUGAGAGGCAAACAUAAGACUAUUUCUCAUCACCUCCCAGUUCUGAGGCAAUAUAAAGCUCAGAAUACAGCUGUAGACUAAAAAGCCUCCUAGCUGCAUCUAGAAUUGGCUCUUCAGCAGUGAUGUGUCCCACAACUCUCACUGCAAUUAUCUAACUCCUCUUGGAGUGUCAGGAAAGGACAAAGGGGAGCUGGUAUCUUUGACUACUCUUCCUCUUGCUGUUUAUAUAAGUAAUAAACGAUCUAAAUCUAAAA